AAGUCGCAGACUCGUCCUCCUCACAGCUCAGCUCAGGCAAAGCUUUUCCAAGAAGAAGGCUUAUUCGAUUCACCUCCCUCUCUCUCUAGUUUCCAUCUGAGGAAUCUAUCAGACAGACAGAGAGAGAGGAUGCCGAUGAUCUCCAAAGCUUCAUCCACCACCAAUUCAUCAAUUCCCUCGUGUUCUAGGAUUGGAGGCCAGCUUUGUGUGUGGCCUAGUUUGAGACAUCUCUGCCUUAGGAAAAGCUUAUUAUACGGAGUCAUGUGGUUAUUCUCCAUGCCGCUCAAAACCCUCCGUGGAGCUAGAAAAACGCUUCAGAUCACCCACUUCUGUAGCAUCUCCAACAUGCCCUCUUCGUUGAAAAUCGAACUGGUGCCGUGUAGUAAGAAGGACAACUAUGCUUAUCUUUUGCACGAUGAAGACACCGGCACUGUUGGAGUCGUUGAUCCUUGUGAGGCUGCACCUGUUAUAGAGGCGUUGAGUAGGAAAAACUGGAACUUGACUUACAUUUUGAAUACUCAUCAUCAUAAUGAUCACGUGGGUGGGAAUGCUGAACUGAAAGCAAAAUAUGGCGCAAAGGUGAUUGGCUCAGCUCUGGAUAAGGAUCGGAUUCCUGGAGUUGACAUAUUUCUGAAUGAUAGUGAUAAGUGGAUGUUUGCUGGCCAUGAGGUUCGAGUACUUGGCACUCCUGGUCACACCCAAGGCCAUAUAAGCUUCUACUUCCCAGGGUCAGCCACAAUAUUCACAGGAGACUUGAUAUAUAGCUUAUCCUGUGGUACCCUCUCAGAAGGUACCCCUGAGCAGAUGCUUUCAUCAUUUCAAAAGAUCGUCUCUUUACCAGAUGAUACAACUAUAUACUGUGGUCGCGAAAACACAGCAAGCAACGUCAAGUUUGCACUAUCUGUAGAACCAAAGAAUGAAACUCUUCAGUCUUACGCAACCCGAGUUGCUCAUCUUCGAAGCCAGGGACUUCCAUCGAUUCCAACGACUGUGAAGGUGGAGAAAGCGUGUAACCCAUUCCUCAGAACAUCAAGCAAAGACAUACGCAAAUCUUUAAGCAUUCCAGAGUCAGCAACUGAUGCGGAAGCACUGCGUCGUAUACAGAGAGCCAGAGAUCGUUUCUGAAACUUUGGUAUCUUAUCUUAUUUGUAUAGUUGGAAGUCAUCAGCAGCUUGCAAAGAUCAAUGUAUUCGUACAUGUUUUUUGGGGGCUUUUUCAGUUAUUAUUUGAAUUUGUAUUCAAAACAGAAAAAAAAAAUCUAAGUGUUUAGUUGGGAUCCAGUUUAUAAAAUUAUGAAGUUUUCGCCA